AUGUGCUGGCUGUCUCCAUCAAGAGUAUGCACAUCACUGGUGCUUGUGAUGGCCACAACAGCAUUCAGGACACUUGUAAAGAAGACCAAACACGUGGCGAAAGCACAAGUUAGUGUUACCACGCAAGACGAGACCCGGAAGGAGAUGUCAGCCGACGCCGAACCAGUCGCCGAGUCGGCUGCAGAGACUUCAGAGCAGAUUGAGCAUGGAGACGGCCCGACCAACAGUCUGAGCAUGACAACGCGCUCCCUUGUUCAUCUAUUCAGAGGAGAGGAGCCUGAAGAUGCCGACUGCACCGAUAAGGUUGCUGAGCCCACGAUAGACGAGAUUCGAGUUGACGUUUUCGGGCUACAAAACACAGACACGGACAGGCCCGAAUUCGAAGCUUCAGUCGCACGUGCAGAUGAAGCCGAAACGUCUCUGAACCGACUGCGAGGACAACGGCUGGUUCAAGCAACCAGAAGGACGCCAAGUGAAACAAAACCAGAGGCGUUGCGAUCGCUCUGGUCUGAGCUGAACAUGAUGCUUUCCAGAUGCACGCAAAUGAAGGUGAUAUGUGAGGCACAGUGCGAGGGUGCGGUUGCAUGCAUGUGUGUUGGCGCCUAG